ACCAUACCAGAGAACCCAAGCCCUCUGGAACUCGGUCCAAGUCAGGCCCUGCUCUCCAGACCUCCCAGGGAAAGGGGAUGUUUCUGAGCUGGUGAGGCUGGACCCCGAGGUUCUGCAGACUCCAGCAGGAGGAAUUCUGAGUGCCAUGGCUGGGAAGGAGGGAGGAAAGGCAGCUCUGGACUCCUGAGUCCUGCCUAGGUUUCAGGAUGGCCGCUAUGAGAGCUAGGACUUUGGCAAUAUCCUUAGGGCUCCUGCUGGCCUUGGGCAGCGGCCAGAGGGAGCCCUAUGCUGAGGUCCUGGACCCAGAGGAGGCGCCCGAGAGAGAGGAUCUGUUACCCUCUGGGGCCUGUCGACGGGUCACCUCCUGCAAGGAAUGCAUCCUUUCCCAUCCCCGAUGUGCCUGGUGCAAGCAGCUGAACUUCACGGCCCUUAACGAGGCGGAGGACCGGCGCUGCGCCCAACGCCAGGAGCUGCUGGCCCGGGGCUGCCCCCCCGAGGAGCUGGAGGAGCCCCGAGGACGGCAGGAGGUGCUGCAGGAUGAGCCCCUCGGCCACCAGGGUGCUACGCAGCUGGCCCCGCAGAAUGUUCGACUCCAGAUGCGGCUGGGCGAGACCCAGCGGCUCCGAGUCCGCUUCCGCCGAGUCGAGGGCUACCCGGUGGACCUGUACUACCUCAUGGACCUGAGCUACUCCAUGAAGGACGACCUGGAGCGAGUGCGCCAGCUGGGCCAUUCGCUGCUGAACCAGCUGCGGCGCGUCACCAGCUCGGUGCGCAUCGGCUUUGGUUCCUUUGUGGACAAGACGGUGCUGCCUUUUGUGAGCACAGUGCCCUCCAAGCUUCAACACCCGUGCCCCAAGAAAGGGGAAUGCCAGCCACCCUUUAGUUUCAGACAUGUGCUGCCCCUCACAGAUAAUGCCUCAGCCUUUAAGCAUAAGGUUGAGCAACAGAAUAUAUCGGGUAAUCUAGACUCCCCCGAAGGGGGUUUUGAUGCCAUCUUGCAGGCUGCUCUCUGCCAGGAGCAGAUCGGCUGGAGAAAUGUGUCCCGGCUGCUGGUGUUUACAUCAGAUGACACAUUCCACACAGCAGGAGAUGGGAAGUUGGGUGGCAUCUUCAUGCCCAGUGAUGGACGCUGCCAUUUAGAUGCUGAUGGCUUCUAUAGUCGCAGCGGAGACUUUGACUACCCUUCUGUGGGUCAAGUAGCCCAUGCUCUAUCUACUGCCAACAUUCAGCCGAUCUUUGCUGUCACCAGUCCUACACUGCCAAUCUACCAGGAGCUGAGUAAGCUGAUCCCCAAGUCUGCUGUAGGGGAACUGAAGGAAGAUUCUAGUAAUGUGGUGCAGCUCAUCAUGGAAGCAUACAAUAGCCUGUCCUCCUCUGUGACGCUGGAGCACUCACAAGCUCCUCCUGGGAUCCAUAUUUCCUACGAGUCUCAGUGUAAGGAUACUGAGAUCAGGAAAGACACAGGGACCCAGGGCCAGUGUAAUCAAGUCCUGAUUAACCAAACGGUGAAUUUCUGGGUAAACAUCCGAGCUACCGAAUGUCUCUCUGGUCCCCAUCUCCUGAAGCUCAAGGCUCUUGGAUUUUCUGAGGAGCUGAGCCUGGAGCUGAAUACCUUGUGUGACUGUAACUGCAGCGAUGUACAGUUACAAGCCCCUUAUUGCAAUGGUGUCCAUGGUGACCUAGAGUGUGGAGUCUGCAGUUGUGCUACAGGUCGUGUUGGACCACGCUGUGAAUGUUCGGAGGCAGAGUUGUCAUUACCAAAUUCUGGAUGCCGGCCGUCUAAUGGGACAGGUCCUUUGUGCAGCGGGAAGGGUCAGUGCCAUUGUGGACGGUGCAGUUGCAGUGGGCAGAGCUCGGGAGAUUUCUGCGAGUGCGAUAAUGCUGGCUGUGAGCGGCACGAAGGCAUCCUCUGUGCAGGCUUUGGCCAGUGUGUCUGUGGAGUCUGCCACUGUGAUGCCAACCACACCGGCCCAGCCUGUGAAUGCAGCAAGGACACGAGCAAGUGUAUGAGCCAGAAUGGGGUCUGCAAUGGCCAUGGCUCUUGUCACUGUAACCAGUGCCGGUGCCUGGAGGGUUACUAUGGGAUCCAGUGUGAUCAGUGCCCAGGCUGCAAGACCCCAUGCGAGAAGCACAGGGACUGUGCUGAAUGUGAGGCGUUCGAGACAGGACCACUGGCCAGUAACUGCAGCCUGGCCUGUGCCCAUGUCAAUGUAACAAUGAGCCCGACGCCUCUGCUGGACGAUGGGUGGUGUAAGGAGAGGACUGUGGAUAACCAGCUGCUCUUCUUUCUGGUGGAGAAUGAGGCUGACGGCAGGGUGGUACUGAGGGUGAGACCUCGAGAAAAAGGAGCAGAUCACACCCAGGCCAUUGUGCUGGGUUGCAUAGGGGGUAUUGUGGCAGUUGGGUUGGGGUUCAUCCUGGCCUAUCGACUCAUGGUGGAAAUCUAUGAUCGGAGGGAAUUCCAUCGCUUUGAAAAGGAAAGGAGACAACUCAACUGGAACCAGGAUGACAAUCCUCUCUACAAGAGUGCCGUCACAACCACCAUCAAUCCUCAGUAUCAAUCCCAGAAUGAGGGGAGCUCUGGCUAAGCAGCUGACCACAGGGAAAAGACCCCACCCUCUUACAGCAGCAAGUCCUCCAUGGAUCCCAGACUUCUCAAGGCUUACUUUGAAUCCUCAUUUCCCUUUGAACAGUAGUUAAGAGGGGAAUCCUGGUCAGAGCUCUCUACUCCAAUCUGUUCAGAGGGCAAUUUCCUAUCCAACAAUUGGAUUAUUGCUUCCCCCUCCUGCCAAAAUGAUUUAAGCGCUACAGGGAAACUCUCCCUUGCCCCACAAGUGCCAGAACUCUUCCUGACUUGAUAAUAAAGAGCCUUACCCA